GUCUGCAACUGAUAUAUCCCGUGGAAAGCGGAAUCUUACAGAGAGUGGAACCAGUACCUGUAAAUGAAACAUCCUUUAUUCAGUUACGACUACCGGUUUCGGAGUAACUGUCACCAUCAUCAGUCUUACAACAAAAACAGCAACGAUUGAAAACUCAUUAUAUCGCAAACGAUCAUUAGAAAACAGUAAUGUUAUACAAAAGGUUAUAUAAAACUCAAUGUAGUACAAGCAUUAGAAAAAAACUAAAAGAAACAAAUACCUCCAACAUGAAGGCAUGUACAAACACAUACUAAGAAUUUAAAAACAGCAUCUCCGUGGACCUCUCGUUGUUACCAAGGGAAGGUUUCAAUUUUUAAGUGGACAGGCUUUUCACUACUGCCAGCUCGAUGGGAACCACUAGACUAGAAAGAAUGGAAAAUGAGACUCGCCAUAAACGGUGAUCACUAUCUUCUGCAUGAUCCCGUAUGGCACUGAAUGGGGCUUUCGCCAAAAGCCUGUUUGUUCCAACAGGAUGUUCUAGGCGUUCAAACCAUCGUGCACGUAUUUUGCGCUUCGUUAUUUUUAUGUGAAUUGCUUUACAGCAAUUACACUCUUAACUAUACCUAACAUGCAAUAAUUUAUAAUUCUGGGGUACGAUGUCUUCUUACUUAAACAAGCUACCAAUGUUGUACUUAGGUCUAAAUACUACUCUGACAUUAAGUGAUGAAAUUCUCUUAAAAGUUUUAAACUAUUUUCAAUGGAAAAACUUUAUUACCAUAGAAAAGCAUAGUAAAAUAUAGCACCGCUUCAUUGGAAUUUGAAAUAAAAACUUUCGGGAGCAAUAACUUUUCUAGCUUUUUGCUAACAUAUGAUUUUACAAAAGCAAUAUUAAAAUCGUUUUUCUGAAGCAUUUCUCUCAUAAGCUGAAAUUCUGGAUGAAGACUCAAAUAACUUUAACAAAUAUUAAAGGCCCGGCUUAACGAGUGUCGAGACUAAAUCACGUUUAUAAACUAAAGGGAUGAAUGAGGAAAGUUUAAUUGCUAGUCCUAUACAUGUCAGUUUCUUGUACACUCAUGUCGAAAAAGUGAUAUUUUGUUUACUUACAAGCACGUCAAAUUAUUGUUUUCUACUUUUGAAGUACGUAAAUUCAAUAUUUUAGCGCUCUGAGUUAAAAUAAUCAAGAAGCGGGGGUGCAUGUUCCUCAGAUCUAAAUAUCAGAAAUGUAUCGUCUACAUUAUCGUCGGUAGAACAGUGGUUUAAAGGAAUCUGGACAGUUAUCUAGUCAAACAACUUCGUGACGAGAUAAAAAGGCAUUGGCCGGUGAGGACUGGAAUCAGACGAGGAGAAAGCUCUAACUAACUUCAUUGAAUGUUGUUUGAGAUUAAGCUGGCCUUAUGCCAGCACGGGCUCUUUCUCACAGAGACGGCUGUAUAUGAAGCAUCAGUGCGGACGGAAACGUAGUGUCCGUCUCGCACGCACAUACAAAAAGGGACAGCGCCCCCACUGCGAUUGUUUCUCACAGCUGAAAACCUACAUAUAUCUUCGUGUAGAGAGUACAUUUUUACAUCAUAUAUAUAAUUGGCGGAUUGUCCGUGAAAUGCUCUACAUUUUAGUAUAUGGUAUAAAGUAUGUACAGAGGGCGGACGGACAUUUGGAGAAGUAGAACCGAGUGUUUAGACCGUUGCUACACAAUCUUUUUGUUUAUAUACAUUUGUGUUAAACAAAAUAACAUUCAGACGCAGCUAAUACGUAUAAGUAAUUUGUGCAACUGUUGUUUAUUAAAAUUUUGUAUACCGUUGGAGUCGUUAAACAAGUUGUUGAUGCAUAUAUCAAUAGUUAGUAUUAGAAAAUAUUUAAUAUCGAAACAGUUACUUAGUCCUAGAUCGCAAAUUUCUUUAGCAAAAGUAAACGAAUCUGUAGUUGCAAACUGAUUACAUGUUACAGGAGCUAAAAUAGGAACAAGAAACUUACGACAAACGAUAAUUAAAAGUACUUAUAGCCGACAUGAUUGGUUCGAGUGGUACACCCCCCAUUUGCGUACCUUAGGCCUGUCCACACGAGCGGGCCUGAUCGGCGUGCUCCGGGGUUGACGGGCAAGUUCUGGGUGGCGGGCUCACCCGUGAAUGUUGUCCACACGGGUGAGGCGAUGGAGAGGUGGGCGUGCCCGACGACGCCAGUAGUGUGUUCAGUGCGGUACGAUAAACAUGGUGCCUACCGCAAAGAAGAAGAUAUUGUGUAACAUGAUAAUUGCUUUGUGUGUGAUGAAAAAGAAGAGAACAUGGUGCAAAGAAUGGCUCAGUAAAAGAAAUGUAUAUGGUUAACGUACGUCUGCCAGAGGGGAGGUCCGCCGAUCAGGCCCGGUCGUGUGGACAGGCCUUUAGGGAGACCAUAGAGCACUCCAGGUUUAGAUCCAGAUGUGAAGAUAUCGUUAUAAGCUGUAGUAUGUCAAUCCAGAACACACUCAGACGUCAACUUUAAGAACCUGUUAAUACUUUUCUUCUUAUUCAGUAACUUUAAAAGUAAAGGUCGUCCUUAACUAAUUCGAAUUUAGUGCGAUCCUCAAGAAUGAAUUACUACAUCUUACUUAUUCAUCUUUAUUUAAAAUAAACCACCCCGUUGCCUUAUUGAGUCUCGUUAUCAUCAUAGAUUUAACUGUGGAUAAGGUUAAUAAUUCGGAAUACUCUUCCUAUAAUUAUAAGAGGUACUGUGAAUCAAAUAUGAGCAGCAUAAUAUGUAGUACAUAUGCUGCUCAUAAUAUGAUUUUCAUGAAUAGUCAGAAACUAUUUUAAUGUUUCAAAAGUACAAAAAUGUUCAUUAAAAUCAAGUUUGCCAUCUAGAAAGUAUUCUCCCCUCUUCGAAAAUAUUAGUGCUAGUUAACGUCUAGCGUUUUUAUCGGCAGUUCAUUGAUCAUGUGCUCAAAGACUUUUAGUACCAUACGUAAUAUUACUAAAGCAAGCGAGGACCUGACUUUUACUGAUCCGUGAAGUGAGUUUUAGUGCCAAAGAAAAAUCCGCUUUCUGAAGGCGCUUCAGAAUCACUGAGAACGAAAAAUUGCCUCUGGACGCUGAGUUUGUCUUCAGCCUCAGGAACGCUAAAGUGUUAUAAAGCCAAGUCUGUUUUCAUCUGAACACUUCUUCCCAACGCAAUGAUUGAAGGAAAGUCAUCAGAGCAACGGUCAGAAGAAUGGAAUCAGCCCGCCUAUGGGACGCAGAUUUUCGCUGCCUUUGCAGCUUCGUUGGCAGGAGCAUCGGUUGGAGCGUCUUUUGGUUACACAUCUCCAGCUGGUCCUAGGCUCAAGAAUCCGAUUAGUGAGGCAGAUGGCAAACUGCAACUAGAUGCAAUCGAGUUGAACAUCUUUGGUUCUUGCCUUACUCUGGCUGCAGCGCUUGGAGCUUUGCUUUGUGGCUACUGCAUGAGCAGAUGGGGCAGGAGAGUCACGUUGCUUGGGGCAGCGGCAGUGAGCAUCAUUGGAUGGCUUCCUAUAGCUUUCGGGACGGGUUUUCCUCUCUUGAUGUUUGGGCGAAUCCUUAACGGCAUUGGAACCGGGGCAGUGACUGUAGUUGGACCAGCUUACAUCGGGGAAAUUGCAUCGCCCAGUAUCAGGGGAUCACUUGGAGCCUGGUUUCCAGUGAUGAUUACUAUAGGCAAUAUAUUCGUCUUUGGACUGGGAUCCGUCAUUUUCAGCUGGCGAGGCCUGGCAGCUGUUUCUGCCACCCCUGCUAUACUGUGCUUUAUCUUCAUGUUUUUCAAUAAGGAGUCUCCCCAGUUCUUAGUCAUGAAGGCCAGGCACCAGGAGGCAAGAGAUGCACUUCAGUACUUCAGAGGCAAAGAUCAUGACAUCAGUGAAGAGUUUGCCAGCAUGCAAGCGUUCGUAGACGACUUGAAUCAAAAGGGCGGGAGCUUUCGUGACCUCUUGCUGUCUCACAAUAUGAAGCCAGCAGCUAUUUGUUGUACCGUCCUUUUAUUCUGUCAAUUAUCUGGAAUGACUCCUAUGAUACUUAAUCUCUGGACUGUAUUUGAGGAAGCAUCGACCGGGAUCCAGGAAGACUUCUCGACCAUCAUCAUCGGGGUGGUGGAACUGGUCUUUACUCUGGUGUCAGUAGGCCUCGUUGACAAGGUCGGUCGAAAGCUGCUGUUGGUGGUGUCCAGUACUGUCAUGUGCCUGUCUCUAGCCGUUCUGGGCGCCUACUUCUACCUCGCUCAGCAGAGCCAAGAAUGGGCUCGGGAAACUCUAGGAUUGCUUCCGCUGACAGCUCUUAUCCUGUACUUUGCAGCCCUGAAUGCAGGAUUCUUCCCAGUUCAAUACAUUCUGAUAGGUGAGCUUAUGACUCCAGAGGUGAAAGGAGUAUUUGGCAGUAUAUCGAUUAUGGUGAGCUCGAUUUCAGCCUUUGUGGUUUCUGUGUCAUUUGAGCCGAUGCAGAAUGCAAUUGGGAGCUACGGAACAAAUUGGUUCUACGCCUCUAUGUGCCUACUGGCUCUCCUCUUCUCUGUCAUCGUCGUGCCAGAAACAAAAGGAAGAACAAUGCAAGAGAUAGCAAGUCAUUUUGGCAAUCCCUCGGCUCUUUCUUCUAGGAAUACUGGUGCUACUCAGAGCUGAAUUUGUUACAUCCAGAUGUCUAUGAAGAUUAUAUUUAUUGAUAAUAAAUA